CGUCCGGGGGUAGCCGCCUCCUCCGCAGCCUGCCCGAGCCUCGAAGCCCGGACCUGCCUCCGCGUCUUCCUCCAGCGGCUGCAACCCGCCUCCCGCGCCUCGUCCUCCCGCCGCCCCCGCCGCCGCGCCCCCGGUGGCUGCCUCGGCGGACCCGGGAGGGGGCCCGCCGCGUCGGCCGCCUGCUCGGCUCGGCUCGGCCCGGCCCGGCCCGGGAGGCGUGCAUGCCCCUGCGGCCCGCGGCGCUCACCAGCAGCAUGCUCUAUUUCCAGAUGGUGAUCAUGGCAGGGACGGUGAUGCUGGCGUACUACUUCGAGUACACGGACACGUUCACCGUGAACGUGCAGGGCUUCUUCUGCCACGACAGCGCCUACCGCAAGCCCUACCCGGGCCCGGAGGACAGCAGCGCCGUGCCCCCCGUGCUCCUCUACUCGCUGGCCGCCGGGGUCCCCGUGCUCGUGAUAAUAGUUGGAGAGACUGCUGUCUUUUGCCUACAACUAGCCACAAGGGAUUUUGAAAACCAGGAAAAAACUAUUCUAACUGGAGACUGUUGUUAUAUAAACCCACUGGUGCGCCGAACUGUCCGAUUUCUUGGAAUUUAUACAUUUGGACUGUUUGCUACAGAUAUCUUUGUAAAUGCUGGACAAGUCGUCACAGGAAAUCUGGCCCCACAUUUCCUUGCCCUGUGUAAGCCCAAUUAUACAGCACUUGGAUGUCAGCAGUAUACACAGUUCAUCAGUGGGGAAGAGGCCUGUACCGGCAACCCAGAUCUCAUCAUGAGAGCAAGAAAAACCUUUCCAUCCAAAGAAGCAGCUCUCAGCGUCUAUGCAGCUAUGUAUCUGACUAUGUACAUUACCAACACAAUCAAAGCCAAGGGAACCAGACUUGCUAAGCCAGUUCUAUGCUUGGGCUUAAUGUGUUUGGCAUUUCUUACUGGACUCAACAGAGUAGCAGAAUAUCGAAAUCAUUGGUCAGAUGUUAUAGCAGGCUUUCUGGUUGGAAUAUCUAUAGCAGUAUUUCUGGUCGUGUGCGUGGUAAAUAAUUUCAAAGGAAGACAAGCAGAAAAUGAACAUAUACACAUGGAUAAUCUGGCACAGAUGCCAAUGAUCAGCAUUCCUCGAGUAGAAAGCCCUUUGGAAAAGGUAACAUCUGUACAGAACCACAUCACCGCCUUCGCAGAAGUCACAUGAUAUUGAAGCAGAUGGUUUUUCACUGCAUUGGACAUCAUCCCUUUUUACCAUCCAUUCAUAACACCCAAAGUUUGUUUGAUUUCAAAGGAAGUUUAUAACGUUGUUGAAUAAUUUUUAUAAUUUUAAAAUCAAUGUCAACCUAUCUGUUUCCCCCACUAGACUGUGAGCUCCUCGAGGGCAGGAUUAUC